AUGUCAGAUGUAGCUCGAGCAGACUGCAAUAAUAACGAUGAAGAUUUUGAUAAAAGUUUAGGUGCCCUUGUAAAUAUUAUUAUAUCAUAUGAUAUGGGCAGACCUGUACAUGAGCAUGAUUGCCGCAACAAUUUUACUGGUAGCGCAAAAGCUAUGGAAGCUGAUGCUGGCGCCGAAUUAAUUACUAAUAGCAGCAUAUUAAAAGAAGCUAAUCUUAAAGUUAAAAUGGUAAUUGGAGAUAAGGAUAGUUCGCUAAUGGCUGCUGUUAAUAAACAAAAUAAAGAAUCUAAAUUAGCUGAUACGAACCAUAAUAAAGGGCGUAGUAAAGAUCUAGCUAAAAAUGUAAGAUGCAUUCCUGAUCAUCUGUACAACAAACACGAUAAUUGCGGCACUUGGUGCAAAAAUAUUUCUGACGAUAAGACUGGAUUGUAUCAACCAAAGUUUAUUAUUAAGAGCGAAGAACUUUACUGUGAUUUACAAAAUAUAUUUGCACUAUACGCCGAUAAUGCGUUUAAAUAUUGUAUAUCGGCAUAUAGUCAAGCUAAUGAAGCAUUUAAUCACACUGUGACUAGCAAGUUUCCAAAAAAUGAAAGUUAUAAUACUAGUACAUCAGGAGAUAUUCGAGUAGCUAGUGCUGUUCUUACAAAGAACGUAGGAAACGCUUAUUUAAUAGAGAUAAAGAGAGACUUGGGUGUUCCUAUAAAUAAUCACUUGAUAGAUUAUUGCAAAAAGUUAGAUGAAAAUAGUAGCAAAAAAUCUACCAAAGCGCAAACUAAAGAGCAGAAACGUCGUAGAACUCAGUUAGUUUCAGAAAGAGAAAAAUUACGUAUGACUACGGAAAGAACAGAAGGAGUAACUUAUAAGUCAAAUAUUGCUUUUGAGAUACAGCAUAUUUAUGAAAAUUCUAAUUCAAAUGAAUUAGUCAAUAAAACAGCUUUACAAGAAGAAAAUAGUAUUAUCGUUAUAUUCGAUUUGGAAACGUCAGGUCGAGGGCGGAAUGCUGAUAUUUUACAAUUAGCAGCUGUAGCUAAUGAUAAUGUAUUUUCAGUUUAUAUCGAACCAACUCAAGCUAUCAAUAAAUCUGCCUCCGAAAUUAAUGGUCUACAAAAUAUCGAUGGUGAAUUAUAUUUAAGAAAUAAAAAAUUAACUACAGUACCUAUAAUAGACGCGUUAUUGGCAUUUCAUGCAUUUUUAGAUAAAUUAAUUUAA